GGUGUGAUGGUUGAUUACUUAUGCUUUGUGAUGACACAUCUACGAUCUGGCUGUCAUAUUUGUCAUAAUGAGAGGAACUACAUUAUUUCUGAGUUAAGAAGCAAAGCUCUGAUAUUGUCAAAUUAUGGGUUGAAACAGCUAGGUGAGGGGUCAAUUCAUUUCGGUGAAGAAUUUGGAAACCAAGUCAACAUGAAGAAGCUUACCAAAAACUUGGAUAUAUUGUGGCCUGUGGUUGAUGGUACCUACUUGAAACAUCCAGCAUCAAAAUUUUAUGCAUGCGGAUUGAAGGAGUGGCGGGAUUUUUUUCAAGAGAUUGGAAUAGCUGAUUUUGUUCAAGUGGUGCAAGUUGAAAAGAGCAUUGCUGAAUUCUAUUCUGUUUCACGUUGUGAAAAGUAUGAUAUCAACUUGUUAUCUCCCGAGUUAGUUGUCAAAGAUUGGGAAUCCCCGGAACUAGUUGAUCUCUUGUCUCUCUUGAACAAAAGUAAUGGCCGCAAAGGUUGCAAGUAUCUUUUGGAAGUCCUUGAUAGACUGUGGGAUGAUUGUUAC